AUGCUCCCUCUAGCUGCCGCUGCCGUGCUUGCGUUCGCUCCCCUUCCGAUCGGCAGUGAGGUGCGGCCGACCACCGUACGCAUCGGCCGCGCAUCCGUCGUUCUACAGGGCCAUUCGGAUGAUCCCGCAGCAGAGCUGGCGCAAGCGCGGCUGAUGAUAGAGGCGCAGCGCAUCAUGAUUGAUCGCCUUGGCGGCGGAGGCACGCCGCCGGCCUUUGAUGAGCUCAUUAAUGAGCUCACAGCGGAGCUCGAGGCGGCCGUGCGUACAAUCGAGGCGAAAGGCGCCGAGAUCGAUGAAUUGGAGGGAGACCUCCACGACACCGAGGCGGCACUCGACGCGGCGUUGAUCCUCCUCGAGGAUCUGCGAAAGGAGCGAGCGCCGGCACCUGCGUCCACUGUGCAGUGCAUCAGGUUGCCUGAUCCGUGUGACAAUGCCGAACUCGUACGUCUCGCAGCGAACAAGCUCGGGCGCGCCGUCCCAGGGGCGCCUGAGAUCGUGCGCUUCUUUCUCCGCGGGAAGAAGCGCGGCCGCGAGAUCGACGUCGAGGACAUCGAGGACGAGGACGAGGUCUACGUCGCCUUUGCAGGCGAGGAGUGGGUCGCCCCGCAGCCGCCCGCCGGGGCGCCCGCCGCCGGAGCCUCCGAGCAAAAUGCGGCGGCCCCGCUCGGCGCGGUGGAGGGAAUUGCCGCGCCACCCCCGGCGCUCUGGGCGGCUCCGCCCCCUGGCGCGUUGCCGCUCCCGAGCGUCUGCGCAUCGGGUGCGGCGCCGUCGAGCGUACCCUCCUUUGCCCCGGCCUUCGGGACGGCGGCGGCGGCGGGUGGCUCCGAGGCGGCGGCCACUCCGGCGUUCAGCGAGGACGGAGUGGAGGAGAUGGAGCGGGUGGCGGCUGCCGCUGAGGCGGCGCACCUGGCAAAGCAGGCGGCGCUCGCCGAGAGGGCGCGGCAGGUGGCUGAGGCGAAGGGCAGGCUCCAGACUCUGCGCGGGCAGCUCGACCCGACCAUCCUCGCCGCGGUGGACGAGGCCGUGGCUGCCGUCCGCGCGAAGCCGCACCCCGACGCGCCCAGCUUUUUUGUCACCGAGGAGCUGCUGCGGCGCUGGGUCGAGCUCCAGGGGACGCACGGCGUGGCGGCCGUACGCAACAUGCUGGAGCAGGUUUGCAACAUGGUCAAGAGGUAUCAGAUACAGUACGGCACGCCCUACACCUUCUUCUUCGGGCAGGUGAAGUGGUCUGAGGAUCGUCGCCUAUCGCCACCGCCGCAGCAGCCUUCGCGACAGCAGCGUUCGCCUCCGCCGCAGCCACAGCAGCAGCCGCCGCAGCCGCCGCAGCCGCCGCCGCCGCAGCCGCCGCAGCCGCCGCAGCCCAUGGAGGUCGUCACGGCGGAAGCGCGGGUCGUCGAUCAGCCCGCCGGCCAGGCCGAGUCGGAAAGCGUGCGCAAGCAGCUGCGCGACGAGCUGCGCGCCGCGUCUGCGCAGAAGCGGCUGGCGCCGUGCGAGCGCUCCGAGCCGUGGAGGCUCAACACCGCGCAGUACGAUGCCGCCUCCGCGCCGGAGAACGUCCUCGUCCUCGUCUCGGCGGGCCCCGGCACCGGCAAGACCGAGACGACCGUCGCUCGCGUCGCUUUCUUCCUCGCGCGCGGCGUGCCGGCGGACAAGAUCCGGCCAAUCACCUUCACCGUCGUCGCCGCGGCCGAGCUCAAGGCUCGGAUCAAACUCAAGAUGCCGACGAUCGUCGGCCAGCCGUGCGUGUCGACGAUCCACGCCCUCUCCCUCGCCCUGCUCGGAAGGUCCGAGAUCAUGUCGCCGCCGCAGGCGGAGGAUCUCGCGCUCCGAGCGCUGUUUGAGCAGCAGUGGCCUGAGGAGCGGUUGCGCCGCCUCCAGGCCGCGUUCCGGGCGCAGGUGCUGCACCCUCCGCCGCUGGACGGCAAGGACUUCGGCGCCUUGCGCCACCUGUGCAAGGAUAUGUGCGCAAAGGCCGGGCUCAACACCGCGGGCCCCCAGGGCGACCGAGUGCCCGACGAGGCGAAGUGCGCCUACGAGCAGGAGUGGGACUGCAUGGAGCCGCUGCGCGCCGCGGCGCGCAAGGUGUCCCACUCCGACUUGUCGGCCGCAGUGAGCGAGUUUCUCGGCUGCAGCGGGCCGUUCGACGCCUACUGCCGCUCGGGCAAGGGCGUCGAGGAGGCGCCGCCCGCAGUGCGGCGCUUUGUCGCGAUGGCGCGCGAGAAGGGCUGGCUGCACAUCAACGAGGUGCCGCUGCAGGCGCUGGAAAAGGUGCGGAGGGAGGGCGUGCCGCCGGCCUUUCAAGGGGCGCACUACCUCCUCGACGAGGGCCAGGACACGGACGCCGUCCAGCUCGAGCUCGUGCUGCGCCUCGCCUCGCACGCUGGCGAGUGCCGCCUCACCGUCGUGGGCGACGUGGACCAGGCGAUCUACGGCUUCCGCGGUGCCAACGCGAGGCUGAUGGAGGCGCUCAAGGCGAAGCAGUUUGACGAGCUCGCCGCGCUGCUGCCGCGUGACGACGCGCUGCCUCCCUCAGUCCGCCGCGCGGGCGGCCUCGUGUGCGUCCCCCUCACGGAGCACCACCGCAGCACCACGCGCCUCGUGUGCGCGUACAGCCUGGUGCGCGCCAAGGACCCGCCCCUGCGGAGCGUGCACGCCGGCGGUCUGCCCGCCUACCGCGUGCGGUGCGAGAGCGACGCGCUCGAGGUGCGGCUGGUGCUCGAUCAGCUGCGCAUGUGGCGCGACCGCGGCAAGGCGUGGGGCGAGAUGAGCGUGCUCGCGCUGAGCAGCAGCCACCUGACGGACUUCAUGGACGAGCUGAAGAACGCCGGCAUCCCUUACGCCGAGCGCAAGGACAAGGACCCGCCGCCGCCUCCCCACCCCCCGUACGGACGCGUGACGCUCGGCACGAUCCACUCCGUCAAGGGGUGGGAGUGCGACGUCGUGUGCGUGGUGCGCCUCAACUACGACUCGACCAAGACGGACGAGGCGCAGCCCGCCUUUGGCUGGAGCAUCUUCUGCCGCUCGGGCGGCGGCGACCCGGCGCUGGCGGACAAGGUGCAGGCGCAGCAGCUCGAGAAGGUGCGGCUGCUCUACACGGCGAUGUCGCGCGCCAGGCGCUUCCUCUCCCUCUCGUGCGCGCUGCCCACCGGCCGGAACGGCGGCGAGCCCACCCGCCGCUGGCUGCCCGUCCUCGCAACCCUCGACGAGACUGGCGGUUGCGUCAAGUCCUUCGCGGUGCGAGGCGAGGCGGACAUCAGCAGGGCGGUGGCCGAGGUGAGCGCGGACGCGGACGCGGUCGCCGCCGAGGCGAGAGAUGGCGCGCACCCGCCGCCGGCAGGCAGGUCGCCGCCGCCGAUGACGCUGGAGCAGGUCGAGUCCCACAACGGCGCGUUCGCAUUCGGCCCGGCGGGCGCGGCGGGAGCAGCGGGAGCGGCGGGCGCGGCGGGAGCAGCGGGAGCGGCGGGCGCGGCGAAAGCAGCGGGCGCGGCCGGCGAGGCGGCGUCAGCGGACGAGGCGGGUGCGGCGGGCGCUUUGGCCGACGACAAUGGCCAGUUCAG